GAAAUGUUUUGGUGACCGGCUGCAGAAAAAACGCGGAUUAUUGUUUUAGUUCUCUGUUUUGUGUAUUAAGUCGGUAGAUUCGCAGCUGAAUAUUAUCCAACAAGGCCAAAAACUGCGUAAUGUGUAGGAAAAUGAAUUCUUGCAUUGCUUUUGGUACCAUCUAAAAGCGGCAGUGGCGCCUGAAAACGCGACCACGUGAAAUCCAGCAACAACAAGUCGGCGGGACCAUGGAUUUGGCCGAGUUCUCGGACUUCAAUAUUGACCAGCUCCUGGGCUCCUCCACACCGCUCGAGGAUGGCCUGGUGGCGCCGUACAAGCAGCUACCGCUGCCCAGGAUCAACCAGGAUGUGCGAAAGGCCAAGCGCAGCCGGCUGGCCGAGCGGAUGGCCCAGAAUGACGAACUAAUCCGCCAGGUGAAACAGCUCCAGGUGCAGAACAAACAGCUGGCGGACCUGCAAAGCACCGCCCAGGAGGUGACGGAUCUGUACCAGAAGGAGAAGCAGCAGCGGAUCGAGCUGGAAAAGCGCUCCAAGCAGUUCAGCGAGCGAUGCGACGAGCUGGAGAAGCAACUGGACGCCCAGGCUCAGAGCUGCGAGAAUCUGCAGGACGAGCUGCAGGUGAGGGGACUGCCCGUGGAUGCCAAAGAUGUGCUGUCCAUACUCCUGCAGCUGUCACAGCGACUGGGCGAAGAUUCUGGGCUCCUGCGGCGGGAUCAGAACAUCCUGAAGAAGCUAAAGGAGCACGGCAAGACGCUGGACAUAAGUCUGCCCACGCCGAAGAGUCCCAAUCCGCGCAGCAAGCGGAAGAGCCAUCAGCCAGGGGUCAACCAGUCCACACAAACCGACGGGGAACCCAAACCCCAACUUUGUUCAGUGGCUGUGCAGGUGGAGGGUCUGAUAGAGACCCGCAACCAGGGCACGCAGCACAAGAACACCACCACCACGCGGGGCACCACAACGGCCUCGUUCAUCCGGCAGCACGAUGUGGGCACCUGCUUUCCCGAACCCAAGCCCCUGCCAAAUGUGCGGCAGAUUCUCGAUGAAAUGCUCUCGUGGCGGGAUGAUCUUGUCAUUGAGCCCAUGAGUCCACUGAGCGAGGAGGCUGAGCAUCUGCCAGCCACCGCGAGUGUAGCCACCUGCACCACUCUGUGUGAUAUACACCGCGAGAUUGACUUCUUGUCUGACCUGUCGUCGCAAAUUAAGGUGUCCUCGUCACGGCCGCCCUCGCGAACCAUGUUGGAUAGCGUGAAGCAGGAGGAGGCCAGAUCCUCCAGGGAGCUGGCCAAGGAGCUGCUCAACUUCCUACCUCAAAACCAAAGCUGCCUGGCCAAUCUGCCGCCGCAGGCCUUCGAGGAGCUGUGGCAGGUCUUUGGCCAAAUGGUUCUGGGCCUGCUGCAGCGGCGCUCCAAUCCGAGCGUCAGUCAGGCGGAUUUCACCAGCUGGCUGUAUGAGCUCUAUGAGGGCACCCAAAGCCAGACGGAGCAGACUUGCGCCAGUAAGAGAGAUUUCGCCACCAGCACAGAAUGCUUGGCUGUUGGAACGGAUUCCUUAAUUGAGUCGCCGAACAUCAGCCACGGCGGAGAUGUCACUCCCAUUCGCCUGCCCUCCAAGCCCAAAGAACGAAAGCGAAAAUCUAAGAAACGCAAAGCGGUUUCAGUACCGAGUCCCGAAAUUCCCAAGCGAAACUGUCUGGAAAUGGAGGCAGAAUGUCUUAAGACAAAUAAUCAAUCAGAAGAAGUAGAAGUGGAGCAUGAACAAAAGCCAGAAACGGCAAUCCAAUUUUUAAGUAAUUUGAAAACUUUUAACAUGGCCAACUGUGAUAAUCUCGAUUUGGAACUGGAUGAGGAAGAACUAUAUCUGCUUCAGUUGACAUCCAACGCGAAAAAACAAGAGAAUGUGGAGAUCAUAAGGGACGAGGUCCCUGAAGACUUUGAAAGCCCUGCGGAAGACUCAGAGUUCCUACAGCCAGAAAAUAGUAAUACAAAUUCUAUAACUGCAGUCCAGAGAGCAAAGGAUUCGUCUUUAAAAGAUGAUGACGGGAAACAAGCUGAAGUAAAGCUCAUUAAUACAACUGUUGAUUCGGAAAUUAAUACUUUUAAAAAACCUGAAGUCCAGUCAGAGAUAAAGAAGAAAAUGAAGAGUCCAACAGAAUUCUCUCCAAUUGAAGAUAUUUCGUCGCUACCAUCCUUUUGUGAAAGUGAAUCUGAUGUGACAUCAAAUGCGAGGAAAGAAAUAUUGACGGAGAAGAGGUCAUAUUCCGAUUUGAAUGCUUGUGAAAAUCUACUGCCUACAUCAACAAAAAGAUCCGAUUCGCCCUUACUCACAAGUGACUCAAAUCUGGAUAGGAGCAGAAUAAAGAGUCCUGAAGAUCCUGUUCCUCCCAAAGAGCCCGAGAGCUUAUUAAACCAGGAGGAUUGUGAUGUUUUUCCAACAGCAACCACGACUCAAUUCAGUACUUUCAGUGAUUCCGAUUUGGAAUCCGAAUUGAGUGAUGAUGAGAUAAGUCCAGAGUUAAGUGAGUCGGAGGAUGACAGUGAAAAGGAGCAAAAAGAUACCAAAAAGCCUACAAAUGCCUCCUUGUUUGGCAGUGAUUCGGAUUCGGAUGGAAGCGAGGAUGUGCAUGAAAAGGAUUCUACUGAAGCAGAAGGCGAGCCAGAAAGCAAGGAAUUAGAGCACAAGGUUCCUAAAAAUCAGACAGAUUCCCUUGAAUAUGAGUUACAUUCUAAUGCUGCUGAAGAGCAACCUUUUGAGGAUCCUGUUGAUAAAAAAGAAGAUGCAGUUUCCAUAGCUAGUCUGCCUUUACCCACUGAAACCAUAAAGCAACCUUUGCUCUUGGAAAACCCUAAACCUGUUUUAAAAGUAAAAGACAACACGCAGUCCGAAGAGCAAAUAAGCUCUUAUGACAGCCAAAACUCAAGUGAUGAUUCUGCCGACGAGCACAGUCUGGUUAUCGAUGAACCAGUCUCCACGAAGCCGCCGGAGGAACCACCUUCACCUCCUUUGGUACCCAUGAAACGGAAAAGAACGCAAAGUGAAAUGAAAACUCCUUCGCCACCGGGAGAAGUUCGUCUAACUCGUCAGAGAGCCAAACAAUUGCUGGGCGAACAGAAAUCGAGCUCUGAUAAAGGUCUUUCACUCGUAGAUCAAAUAAGGAAGCAGCUAAAACAAGCAUUUACUGAUUCGGAGCCUUUAACAAAUAACUCAAAGCUUGAAUUAAAGCCCAUUGAGCCAGAAGGGCAAAGGGCUAAGAAGGCACAUGUUGAACAAGAGCCCAUUAAGCAGGUUUAUACCUUCAGCGAAGAGUCACCAGCCUCUCCAGUUUCCGAGCCAAUCGAGGAUCCUGUCAUUCCACCGACCGAAAUCCCACUGGAGCAAUCUGCCAUCACCCGGGAAGAUGGGCAACCCAAAUCGCUACUACAACAUGUGAUUGAAAGGGACAAAGGGAUGGCCAAGUUCAAACAGGCGAAAAGGAAAACUUUGGGGAAAUUGCAGCCUCAGCUUUGCGCCUCAAUUGGCAAAUAUCUUGAGGAAACCAUGCAACUGGAGUCCAGCUGCAGUGAUUUGGCACUUGAUAUCUUUAAAGUGACCAAAGAUGAGGCUGUGAUUGUGAACGCCAUGGUAACAGUCAUCUGCAAAAUUGGCACAGAUGAUAAACCAGUGGAACGUCUGCUAAAUGCCUUGAAGUAUUUCAAUUUCUCGCAGAGAUUCCUCGCCGAACUGGAGGAGCGUUUGUUUCGAAACACCAAGGAGCGGCCAGCUCCUGAGUUGGCUCUGAAAUACGUAAAGCUCUAUUUAAAAGCGGUGGGUCUACAGGCGACUAUGUCGGUGAGAUAUGCGAAUCCAGCGAGGCUUCUGCUGGCCAAAAUUCUCUAUCACUUCGACCAGCAUAUGGCGCCUCUAGUUUUGGAACUACUGCGUCAGUUUCCAACGGUUCUCCCUCACCGCGAACAGCGGAAUUACGACAACUCUGAUCCCCUGAUCACCGUGAUUAAGCACCUGCUGAUGAGUCGGCAGUACGACAUGCAGGAUCCCGAGGGCCCCGAACGACUGCUGCUAUCCAAGCUGCGCUUUGAGUAUCACUACCAGCCCUUUGAGCCCAACAAACAGCAGGUUUUGGAUAAUCUGGUGGGCAAACUAAAGGCUGGCCGCGUGGAGCAGCUGGGCUACGCCUUUGCGCUCUUUUGUAAGCGCGCUGCGCAUCUCAAAGUGGUGGACAGCGUGCUGGGUGAACACCUAAUGCCGCUCGCCAUCAGCUACUGCGAUCUCGCUGCCCAGAAUCAUGCGUACGACACCCGGCUCAUCCAUCUGCUGCACUGCAUCUCGCUGGUUUUGAAACCCCUGCCCCUGGAAACGGAUAUCUCCGCCUUUGUGGGAUUCCUGAAGCGCCUGCUAGUGGCAGUGCCACGAUCUGGAGUUCAACUGGCGGCAGUGCAGGCCUGUCUGCGCCUACAAAGAUUCGGAUUCAAGUACACGCUGGAUGCCCUGAAGGACUACAGGCCCAACUAUCAGAUGGAUCCGCUAACGCGGUCCAUGAUUCGAUGCUUUGCCGAGCGGCGGAGGCACUUUCGCUACGUAGCGGCCAAGGGAAAUGGGAAAGCUGCCACCGCAAAAGAUUAG